AUGCUGCGGCUUCUAUGGCGGACCCCCUCUUCCCUCCGACGGCCUCGACCUUACGAUUGCCAAGUUCUUCCCCCAUUUUUAUCGAGGAUGACCUUCUCCAGCUCUAGUUCUCCCCCUUCCUCAUCUUCGUCUUCGACUGUGGACGACGAGUGGAACGACGCGUGGGAGUCGGCGUGGCUUCCGGAUGAACUCUCCGGCAAGAACCGUGCGCCAUGGGAAACCGAUGUGAACUACAGCUCCUCCUCUCACCCCGCCGUCGUCCUCCCCUCCGAUGCUGACCCCGAGACCAAGGCCUUCGUCGAGGAGAUGGAGGAGAGCUGGAAUGAGCGCAAGAAGCGUUUUGGGCCCACCGCGGUCUCCGUGAAGUCGCGACGGGAUGAGGGGCAUUCUGUCGAGCAGGUGGAAGGCAAGACAGAUGGUGGCAGUGAUGAUGGAGGAAUUGACGAAUACAGGCUGAGGAAGCAGAGGAUCCACGCGGGCCUGUGGAUGAAGGAGAUAGAGGCCAUGGAGGAGGCGAAACUUGGGAGCUCCAAAGGGGGAGCUGGGGACAUCGACCGCCUACUUGACUCCUGCUCCGAGUAAUGCCAUUUACAAUUUAUGCAUACUCCUCUUAGAAGAUCAUAUAAAAAUAUUUUUAGGGCUGGGAUUCCUAAAAUUAAUCAUUUCACAAGUAGUAUUCUCAGCAGGAAUUUACUUUCUUGAAGGUCUGUCACUGCCUAAGAUUGUCCCUGAUCAUUUAUAUUUCUACCCUGUUCUUUUUUUUGUCCAACUUUGUUCAUCAUGUUCAUACUGUGUCAUACUUGUAGAAUUCUUAGAUUUGUAUUCCGAUUUGCAGAAUCUUUGACACGGGUAACGUGGAUCUGGAUGAGGAAAUUUUUGGUGGCACCUCCGAAUUCAAGAACAAACCUGAUGGAUGGGAGUUGACCUCAAGAGCCCAGGAUGGCAACAUCUGGGAGAUUUCGCAGCGUGAGGAAGAUAUCCUCCUCCAAGAGUUUGAGAGGAGGAUCGCUUACAGCAAAUUUCAGGUAAACCAGGACUUCAUUUGCCAUUUCUGAAUCAUGCCAGUAUGAUGAAGAACUAGAUCAGAGAAAAAAUAUACAUUCAUAGACUGCUUUGUCAUAUUAUUUUAAGAAAACUCGCUCAAGGCAGUAUUUUCUUUUUUAUUUUCACUCUACUUUUCUUGGCAGAUAAGUUUUCUAUUAUUCCCCUGGUCUUUGUAUUGAAAUUCUUGUCACUGGGCUAUAGAAUCCUUCUGUGUUCGUUAGUAUUUUUCUGUGUGCAUGGAUAUUCUGAUCCCUUGGAAGUCCCAAUCCUCCUAGAUCUCAAUAUGGGAGCAAUCUUGAAGGAUAUCUGAAAUAAAUCAAUGGGAAGCAACUUUAUUAUUAGUUUCAUUUAAUAUUGUUAAAAUGUCGAGCAUAUAAUCCUCAUUCUUUUGCAAAUUCGAAUCCAUUACUCCUGAGAAAUAUAUUUUCAUUAUGCAAUAUUCCAGUACUCCUGGGAAAGUUUAAAUUUAUGUCCCUGAAUCCUUCCACCCUCAUAAAUCUUGCCGUCUUCAGAAAUAUUUACAUUUUUGUAAGGUCUCUGAAAACUUUUUUUUUUUGGCAAGAUCAUGACUUUUGGACAUCUCAGCAUGAUGAAAAGUUGCUCAAAAUGUCACUAUAUUUUAAAAUAUAAUCCAUUUUCUUGAGAAAUAAAUCGUAUUGCCUUUUCUUAUUGCAGAAUCUUUACUUGUAGUUCAAAUUUUUUCUGUCUUGACAUAUUCACAGAAGAAUGAUUACCCUUUUUGGAUUAUCUCAAUACGCUGAAAGUGGAGAAGAAAGAAAGGUUCACGCUUGGUUUAAUCAUAUUACAUCAGGAAAACACGCUCAAGAUAUUGCUUUAUUUUUCAUUUAUAAUCCGAAUUUCUGGGCGAAAUGAAUAGUUUCCCAUUCAGUGUUUUAUCGCUGUAGAAUCUUUCUAUGGUAUAAUUAGUGGAAGAUUCUUCCCAUUAUGAUGAAAUAAAAAAUAUUACAGAAUUCUUCCUACACAUAUUUAUGACGUCAUAAAUGGAAUUUUGCUUAAAAUGCUGCAUCGUUUAAGAACAUUCCAUCCAUUUUUCUCAGUAAAUAAAUCGUUCAGUAUUUUUCAUAAUUUUCUCCCCGAGAUAUUAUUAUUUUUAUUAAUCCGUUGAACUGAGGAUCUUGCAUAUUUUUAUCAGAUCAUAAUCGGAAAACUCACUAAUAUUCCCAGAUAUUUUUGUCAACAACUUUAUUUCAUUUGCCGUGGAGAUUAUUGAUUUCUAUAAAUGAGCAGAUAGCGAGCUUCAUCAAGUCCCACAUAUUUAGCCGGCGGCGGCCAAUCGAUGGUUGGAAGUACAUGAUCGAGGAGCUGGGCCCCAAUGCAAGGAGAGGAAAGGGCAGCGCCCAGAGGCUGCCAGCCUUGGCCGACCCCUCCAUGCAGCCCUUCAGGGAGGAGAAGACCGCCAUAGGAGACCACCUCUCCUCCUUCAAAGGGAGGUGA